GCCACAGUUUUCCUUGCUGGCGCCAAUCUGCCUACCCACCCACUUCUGACGCUUACUUCCCCCUCCCCCCUUCCUUUGGCUUUCUGGGGUUCGAUGGCAAACCCAACAUCAGUCGCGCGCGAACCAGCUGUCACCCGAAAGUCUGGCCGGCUCGUGUUAGUACCAUGGCCCAGCAAGGGUCAUCCCGAUCAUUUCGCCCCAUUGCCCCCCGGGCACUAGCAGAGAGCCCGGUCCCAGGACCCCCCAUUGAUGAACCUAACAACAAAAUAAAGAGGGCGUCGACUGCAUGUACCGAAUGUAAACGUCGUCGGACGAAGUGCAGCGCUGACACUACCGGCACUCCAUGCACAGAAUGUGCCCUACACAACCGGGAGUGUAUCAUUGACGAGUUUGCCGACAAACGACGCAAGGUCGCGGCCCGGCGGGCCCACGAAGAUCUCAAAUAUUACCGUGGGUUUUUGGAACAACUACUCGCCGCGAUUCGAUACGGCAAUUUGUCGACGGUUGAUUCGAUCGUCGAUGUUAUCCGGUCGGGGGCAUCUCAGGAGGAGAUCCAUGCCACGGUCAGCCAAUUCGCUGGUGAACGUCUCAAGGAGCCAGAUCAGUUGCCCGCUUCCCAUCCGACCAGGGUUGAUGGUGAUGCGUCCUCAUUGACGCCGGACGGCAUCUGAUUGGAUGUUUCUUGGCUGCCUUGAGGGAGCGCAGCCUAGCUAUUGAAUGCAACCUUGGGCCCCUUCUAUCAUACAAAUGAGCGACCGAUUCACACCAUGCCGU